AUGUCACCCUCGCUGGUCCGUCUUCCUAACGGGCAGACACUCACAGUCACGCCUGUAUUCGGAGGAUUGUACUUCAAAGCCAACAAUGUCGACUCCCAACAUGACGUAUUCCCACCAGGUUGGACCAUCGUUCUGAACAGCGAACAUGAAGACCAGGAUGAUGCGCAAGAGACGCCUGCAACAUCUUCCGAUAAAACGACAAAUGCCGAAGCGCCUGCCGCGAAGAAAAGCCAUACUCACCGUUUCAAGGUCCCCAGUCUGCGACAUGAUCACCUCUUCAUCUCCUCCAUUUCCAACCCUGCCUCGGAUAAUUUCCGGCCGGCGAACAGUCCAACUAGACAGAUCGCCAUGAUGUUGUGGGCGACAUUGUGGUGGUACUUCCAUCAAGCGGAGCCUGCUCCGCAAUUGACCACGUCGGCAUCGGCCAACACCGCCGAAGCUGGGAAGCCCAAGGGAGACUGGCGAGUGAACAUCAACCGCGAGGGCAUCUUCGCCGGCAAACAUCUCCUUCCAAAGCUCGAACGCAUGGGACUUAUUGCGUCCGAGGAUUCCACGGUCGGCCUCGAAUUGGAAGAUGGCGCUGCUAGUACUUACGAAGGUUGGACGAAGAUGUUCGUCUCGCGACGCAGUUUCUGGCAGCUGGACCCGAGGAUCUACCUGUAUCAAUUACCAUCGCUGUCCCCAAUGCAAUUCCCCAUCGUCAGCCCUACAACGAGCCGCCCGACGAGCCCGAACCCGAGCGCGCGCGACGAUGGCUCUCAGGGACCGCAGAGUCAGCUUCAUCGUGCAGGCGCAUCUCCCGGCCCAUACGCAUCCAGCUCACACUUGCCAACCUUCUAUCCUCCGGCACCCACGCAGUACACAUUCUCCAAUCAUAUCCGCCACCCAACCCGUCCGAAGCCGCCACGUCAGGGGGAGGUCUUCUACACUCGAUACAUCCCCAGUCUCGAGCAGACCCUCAGCUUCCGGGUGGCGAGCCUGAGCAAGCGACCUCAACACCCCGUUCAACAUGAAUCGACGCCUCUCACGGCCCACGAUGGCAAUCCACCUGCGCGUCGCGACCUACUGCGCGUGAGCGGUACCCCCGGCGCUGCUCCGUCCACGACCCCCGAUCUCCUCCACAAAUGGAUGAACGAUCCCCGCGUCGCCGCCUCCUGGGGCGAACAGGGACCCGUCUCGCACCAAGAGGCCUUCCUCAAGACCGGACUUACCACACGGCACUCCUUCCCAGUCAUCGGCAGCUUCGACGGAAAGCCUUUCGCCUACUUCGAAAUCUACUGGGUCAAGGAGGACCGACUGGGCGGAUACAUCGGCGGCGACGGCGUGGGCGAGUGGGAUCGGGGCCUACACGUGCUGGUCGGCGAGCAGGAGUUCCGAGGUCCGCAUCGGAUCCGCGUGUGGCUGAGCGCGUUGGUGCAUUACUGCCUGUUGGCGGACGCGCGGACCAGCGCGGUCUUCAUGGAGCCGAGAGUGGACAAUGUCAAAUUGAAGAAGUACUGCGAGGAAGUGUGUUUCUUCAAGGAGCGCGAGGUUUCCUUCCCGCACAAACAGUCCAAUGUGCUCAAGGUCCGCAGGGAUGCGUGGGAAUGCCCGGCGAUUUGAGGCGCUGGUUCCAUCCUCUAUGGCAUCGAGCAGCCCAUACCGAAGACGGCUCGACUUUGGUAAAUCCAUAGUAUGGAUCGGCACGAACUGAGAUAGAUUUAUGAGAUUUAUGAGUAACGAAAUGCAAGAAAGAAGAAUGCCACCAGAG